CAACGGAGAGAAGGAACAAACAUGGCGGAGAAUAUUGACUUUUGACUGAAUAAAGGUCAUUCUAUUACUUUGGAAAUCCGUAUUUGUUCUUCAUAGGGUAUCAUGCGUCGAGUAGUUCAACCCAGAAGAUCACCAAGUCCAGUGUCAACUCAUUCACCUCUCAGUGCGAGAGAUGUUCGAGAGAGGAAAACCUCUUUCUCGAAGGCUUCUUCUGGUGCUGAUCUGCAAGUUAUUGAGUGGAAUAUUGCUGAUCAGCUUCGUCAAGUCAAGUAUCACCCGGAGCACAGCCGGCAAGAGUUGUUCAUGGUUUUUAAAUAUGCAUUUAAUCAACUAAUUGAAAGCAAAGCUGUGGUUUACAAGUCGAUUUUGUCACAGAUUAAAGCAGAGUAUGAGGAGUUCAUUGAUACUCUGGAGAGAGGUCAGAGCCAGACAAUCUAUCUUCAGAGAAUGCUCAAGGCUCUGUUGUCGGAGAAAGAAAAUAUAAGGCAUUUUGUCCAGAGGGGCGAUGAACUUGAAGAGAAAAUGGCAAAACUUAAAAAGCAUAAUGCCCAAUUAAGGGAGAAACUCCACAUCAUUAGAGCAGAGAGAGCUCGGAGGCUGGCUUCUGCAGAAAGUAAAUCGAUGCAUUCUGUUGUUAAAGAGACAAGGCUUCUGAUUCCUGGCUUGUCUCUGAAAGAUCUCACCGACUUACCCACUUUGAAGAAGACACUGUCUAGUUUAGAAGCGCAAGUAUGGGAGCUGAAGGAAGCUACAAAAUCUAAGUUUGCUGAGAGAAACCAGAAACUGAUUUUGAAACAACAGCUCACAAAGAAGGAAAAUGUGAGAGAUCAUGUGUUUGCCAAUCAUGAGAAAUCAAAAGAAAAAUGUGAGACCCUAAAGGUUGCUGUUGAGGUAAGAUCCCCACCUCUAUUUGGUUGUGUGUUCAAGUUCUCUCAGGAGUUGAUAUUUAUCAGCAGUAUUUGCCCAGUUCAAGUCACUGUUCAACAACACAGACAGCAUGGUUUGCUGUAGUACCAAAAUUUCAGUAUGUUGUAUCUUACAAUGUCAACUCUGUUUUUGCUUUAAAAAAAUGCAUUACAAUCUUGGGUAAUCAGGUCAGCCUAUUACAGGCUGAUUCAGAUCAUGUAAGACAGAGAUAAUUAGUUAAUCUUAGCAAGUCCCUAAAAAGAGAGACAAUCUCUGAGAGAGAUUAAAAGUGCAAUAACUUGUACUUACUUUAAUUUCAUGAACAGGCAGCAAGAACAGUGGUAGAUAAUCCAGACCAGGAUGUUCAUGUUAUUGAUGUUAUAUUUCGAGAGCUAGCAAACUAUGGUAACAGCAAGUAUGGGAAGAAGAGUGAUUCCUUACAGUUCUUUGCAAGCUUUGAUGAGGAUGAUCCCUUAAAGAAGAAAGAGGCAGAACUUUUGAUUGAGUAUGUUGAUCACUUCAACAAUUUAUUUGAUUUUGGACAGUUUGAAUUGGCUGCAAUGCAUGCUGCCAACUCACCAAUGGGAAUUCUGAGAUCUUAUGAAACCAUGAUCAAAUUCAAACAAGCUGAAUGUAAGGAAGGUGAGGUGUCACCUCUUUUGAUGUUCUGUGAUGCUUUGAUGGCCACAGCAUCAGCAGCACAACCUCUCACAGGAGCUAUGUCUUCUGAAUGUAUCCGCUGUGCGCUCAGUGAUGGACGUCUGGACCUUGCUACCCAUUGGCUUGCUCAGGAGAAGUUAACAUUUUCUAUUCCUCUUGGUGAUGCUUUUUGCAACUUCUGCAAAUGCCUUAAAAAAUGUUCAUGCACCUGUAUUCCUUUGGCACAAACUGUUUACAUGAAAGUUGGUGCGCAUCAUCAAGUUGUUGCUUGUCUUUGCAGGCAAGGAAAAUUCUCAAUCAUGUUGAAUUAUGCACAGAAGCAUGCAAAGUUCACAACAGAGGAUUUUAGAUCAAUCCUGCUGAGGAAUCCUUCUCCAGAACUAGCAAAGCUUAUGCUCAGUCGUCCUGGUACUAAUGGCAGGGUUGGGUUGUUAAGUUUUGCAUCUGUUGUUGGAGCAUUUUUAGAUGACAACAAACCUGAGAUGUUAGUGAAUUUAUUAAAGCAUCUCUCUCAGAGCAGCUCUGAUGACUUAUCUACUGUGAUGACAGAUGCAUUGUUUAAUGAGACUAGGAGUGACAAUAUGGAUUCAAACAGAUGGCUGUUGGUUGUUGAUAUGUGCCAGGAAUCUGGUUUGCUGGGAAUUGGUGUUGAAAUAUUGUCCAUUCUAACCAUAAGGGAGGCACUAAACAAAGCAUCCAUUGCUUUUAGUAUGGAUUACAUUUCUUAAGCAAAAAUUUAAGAUUUUAGCGGACAGAAGUGCAUAUUCAGUUUGUAAGAGGUCUCAUAUUAUUAAAACUUAGUAACAGAGACACUAGAACCAAGAUUUAACUAUUUCAGCACAUACCCAAUACCUAUUUCAGAGACUUCAUCAAAUGGUUCGAUUCAAAAGCCACAACGUCUAAUAAUUAGGAAUCAACAAGGUGUCCUGCUCAAAUAGAAUAAUUUUACGAAAAGUACCUGUGUAGAGGGGAUACACAGGAACCUGAGGUGAGGGAAAAAGUAGGAGAUUAGAUUAAGUGCCCUAUAUCAUUUUCGUAAGGACUCUUCUUUAUAGACAAAGACAAACUUCAGUCUUAGUGUUGUGUAAGGAGACAACUGGAAUAUCAAUGGAACUUUCAUAAAUGAGAUUUAUUUUCAUUGAUUAUACAGACUGUUAGUAAAUCUGUAUGUCUUUUGCAUUUCUGAUCAAGACUUGCAAACUCUUUCCUUCAUGUUUCACAACACUACUUACAAAGUUAUGAGUAUCUUCUAAAUCUUAAGAAUUCACAUUUUUAACUCUGAAUGAUAUAAUAAAUACAUUGUAGAAAACAAAAUAGGC